UGAUCAGAGUGCUUAUUUUUACUUUGUUUUGUGGGAAAUUGUGCUGGGAAUGUGGAUCUAUUGUGCACAAAGGAUGUUGGCUUUAUGCUGGAACCACCAGGCAGGUUGAGUUGAGAAACAAUUAGCUCAGUCAGCAAGCCUUUGAAUCUGAUUAAGCCAGGAAGUGGGCACUCCCCACGACAGGGCAGAAUGAAGGGAAUGGAGGCUGAAAUCCAAAACAAGGAAUGACUUCUCCCUCUCCCUCCCUCUCUUUCUCUCUCUCUUUCUCUUUCUCUCAGGAAACUAGUAUUAGAAUUAAUUGUAUCAAAUUUAUGUCAAGGAUUACUUCAUUACAAUUCACUAUCUUUGGUGAAACAAAUGCAAGCUUGUUUCCAAGUAGAUCAACAGUCCACAUGUGCCAUGGCUACUGUCUCCAAGAAACUUCUGUUUACUGAGGCCUGACAUACCCUCAUGUUUUGGUAACAAAAUAUCUUUGAGAUCCAGGACCCAAGUCACAGAGGAAGAUGCAGUGCCUAUCCCAGGCUGCUGGCCGAAUUCUCAUUUCUCUGGGGACUCUCAGUGUAUCCUCUGGAGUUAUCGCUUUCUUCCUUGUCUUUUCUUACAAGCUUUGGUUCACAGGAUGGAAUGUCUGGAUUGCUUGCCCCAUCUGGAAUGGAGCUUUGGCCAUCAUGACCGGUAUACUUCUGCUGGUGGCUCACAAAGAGUGGACCAAGAGAUACCUGUGGGAAGCUAGUUUCACCUUUGUGAUUCUAAGCAUUAUGGGAUGUCCACUUCAUUUUGCGAUAGCCUUGGAAUCUGCUCUCCUUGGUCCAUAUUGCUUCUACUCGUUUUCAGGGAUUGCAGGGACCGGUUACCUCGGUUAUGCAGUUGCCUUCCCUUUUCCGUAUGCAAAAUUCCCAUCAGCUUGUGUGGACCCACCACACUAUGAAGCGUACCACCUGACGCUUCAAGCCUUCGACCUGUGCCUGAGCUUCGCCAUGUUCUGUGUGUCCCUGACAGUGUUCAUCAAGCUUUCUGCAGGACUUAUCUGGAAUAGACACAUACAUACAUCAAGAUGCAUAAUUCUGGCCUCCAGGAGGAUUAGAGCAGGAUCAACUGGGAGAACAGUACAAGUGAUUUCUGAUUCCAAAUUCCUACAUCUGAUAUGGGUCACUCCAUUGUGGGUUGAACAGCCUCCUCCUGGAAAGAGGGUCAAAAGAAUGGACAAUAAAUUUGAAGCAGUGUUCCUCUUAAAUUUGUUAUACUUGUGACCAUUAUUUUGAAAUACAAAAUAAUUUUCAUUUUCAAACAGUUUUUUCUGUGUUCUUAUAAAAUAAAAGUUGAGAUAAUUGUA